AUGAGCUCUUUCGACGACAGCGACUUUUCCAGCUUCGACAUGUGCUGCGUCUGCGGCGGUGGCACAGAAGCCAGUCCCGAAGAUGAACAAAAUGCUGAAGCUGGCAAGGACGCGCCCUUCUUCGACGACCACGGUGACACUGGGGUCUACAUCAGAGCCCGCAGCUUGCUAUGCAGCGCGGAGUUGAUCGGUGACCGGUUCGUGGACAACAGGGAGGAUUGCGAGGCCUUCUGCACGCAGAACAAGCACUGCGCAGGGUACAGCUGGGAGGACUCGUCCCUGCACUGCCUCCUGACGCGGGACCCCGGCGUGAUCCAGCGCGAGCACCACAUCUGCAAGUGGCCGCGCUGCACUGCAGAACUUGUGCCCAGUCCUGUCGCCGCCGCUCGGCGGCGGACGGAUUGGUGCAGACACGGUGGGUUCAAGGGCGUCGGCCUGUGCAGCAGGUGUGAUGUCAACCAGCCGAUGUCGCACUGA